AUCAGAUCUAAUAAUUUUUCUCCAAGUUAUAACUUAAAUUUCAGUUUGUAAAAAAUUAUAAUUUCAUUUCUUCUUUUAGGCAAUAUAUUUCUUCGUUAUCAAGAAGCUAUUAGCGCCUCCUGAAGUAAACUACUCAGUACAUAUUUUCCGACGAAAAAGAGAAGAUGCGCUAAAUUCUUCUGAAUUGCAACCUGCCGACAUUUAUGAUUAUAAUAUUUACAAUGCAGAAGUAAUAACAUUAAUCGUAAUUGUAACGAUUAAAUACGUUUUAACAGGCUUGAUAUAUUGGUAUUCAAAGAAGGGAAACUAUAAAUUGAUUUUGCCGUACUUGAUGUUUCUUAUCGUAGUAAUAAAUAUUUUGUUAAUUUUCUUCCUGUUCUUGACGAUUCAAAAUUUUAAACUCUCUAAGCUAGCUGGAUUUUCGGUACUGGCAUUUGGAUUGUUUAUUAUUGGAAACGGAGUGUACUUUUGGAUAGCCAUGUACCAACGAUACCAAAACUUAAAAGAUCAAGAAUACUUGCUACCGAUCAUAUAA